AGUGUUGCCUAACAGGAAGUAAAGUAAACAGAACAGUGUUGAGAAAUCUCCAACAGAAAUGGGGCUGAGUUACAUGCUUCUGCUCUUCUCUGGCUUGUGCUCAAUUGUCAGUUGCCAAAGGUUAGUGCCUGGCGCUCCAUAUAAGAUCAACACAAAUGACAAGGGCGUCCUAAAAGCGGUGCUUCAUGGGACCUAUUCAUUUAACAAUCAGACCAAUGAUGCUUUUCUCUUCAAGCCAUCUGCAAUUGAAAAAGCCAACGGACAGAUUGUAAAGGGACUCAAAUACAUUUUGGAAGUAGACCUCUCACGGACCGUGUGCCGCAAAAAUGGACACAGAGACCCAGACCUGGCCAACUGCAAGUUCCAACCAGAUAGUUUGUUGCAGCAGACCUUCCACUGUGACUUUGAGGUUUGGACUAUGCCUUGGCUCCACUUCAUGAAGACUACCUAUUUUUCGUGCAGCCCAUCUGACCCACCUUCAACUUCUCCAUGAAACCCAAUCCAUCAUUUCAAUGUUCUGAGGAAGUUCCUAAGCCGUUUCCCUCCAAACAUGAUUACAUAACUGAGCAUUUUCAUUUCUCGAAAUAAAAUUGAGCCUUAACGUAUAGUG